GGAAUUAUUCAGAGAAGUACAGUAGGGAUUAGAGCUUCUAGUGAUAUGUUACGGUAAGUAGCUGCUGGUCAACAUCGAAGACUUACUGUGAAGAAAUCAAGUUCUAACUAAAUCUAGUUAUUCUUAUCAAGUAUGAACUAAUUAUUGUUCUAAAUUUGAACAUUUGAAAAAAAAAUUGUGAAUGAACGAACCAAAGAAAAUGGAUGAAUCUGAACUUGAAAAUGAAGAGUUGAAAAAGGAAGAGAUGAAAACAGAAGGAAAAGGGAAUAAGGCUGGUCCGUCAGAAUUUAAGCCGGGCAAGAGAGAGAGAAGGAAGAGCAGUUUUGAGUCUGAUGAAGACAUUGAUGACUUUGAUGAGGAGGAUUGUGAUGUCAUAAAAGUUUCAUCACCUACAGAAGGAUCAGUAGGACAAGAAGAAAUAAUAGACAAAGGAGAAGAAGCAGAUUCAGAGUCUGAUGAAUCAAUCCCUGAUACGAAGAAUUCUAAGAAAGAUAAGGUCGAAAAGAAGCGUUCAAGGACAAAAAAGAAGCAAAAAAUGUUUGGUAAAGAUGGACAAAUAACCGGAGAAACGAAGAAACGUACGAAAUCUCAACCUAACAAAAGGAAGAAAAUCAGAAAAAUCCUCACAGAAGACAAACUGCAAGAAGAAACAUUAAAAGCACUGAGAGAUGAAGAAGAAAGGCGGAAGCGUCUUGGACUUUUCGCAAACAGCGAGCGACGACGAAACCGAGAAGACUGCAAUACCAGUUCGAGUUUGGAUAUUUUGUCUGCGACCCCUGUUAGUGAAAUCGAAAGGAUUUUAUCCCCCCAAGUCUCAGUCAGUGAAACUAUGACUGCGUAUGAGACUAUUCUGCCACCAGUUUCCACGGCAACACCAAUGCUGCACCAAUCAGAAUCAACGGGAAGUUUAUCAAGCGAAGUGUCACGCUUCGAGCAACUUUUAAGAGAAGGGCCCUCUAGCGGCCAGACUAUGAGUAUUCAAACUCCCCAAACCCAGAAUAAUGUGACAAUGCCUUCUAGGGAACAAACUGCCGUAAACUUGACACAGUCAUCAUUACCGCAACCACUACUUGAAAAACAGUUUUUGGUGACACCCAGUGACCAAAUUUUAUCUUCAGUUCUCAACAUUUCUCCAAAUAUGCAAUUGUCCGCAACACAAACUGCCCCAAAGUAUACUUUCCCUACCCCCACACCACAAUCAAGAGAAAGUAUGCUGAAUGCUGCCCUAACAAAAUCAUUGACGCCAUCUAGCGGCAGUAUUUCAGCAGUUCCUAAUCUACCUACAGUACCGUUCCCAACCCAGCAGCGCUUCAGGCCUCCAGCACCUUUGAUGAGAAGACCUGCAGCCCAAAACUCAUCCGAUGUGAUCUGCAUAAGUAGUGGAAGCAGUAGCGAUGAAUCUUCAAAGAAAAAGUCCGCCAUGAAACGAUCAGAAACAAUUAAUAUCAGCUCAGGAAGUGAAAGUUCUGAUGAAGUUAUUUUCACUGGAACUGAUGAUAAUGAAAUCGUAGAAGACCCAGAUGUCAAUAACAGCGGAAUGCACGUCAAUGAUGCCAUGAAUCAACCCGACCAUGAGGGACGCGUUCUUGUGAAUAAAAACCGACCACCAGAUGAGCCAGAGAUAUUUUUAGCCUCCCGUCUUGCAAAAGCUGUUAAACCCCACCAGAUCGGUGGAAUCCGAUUCAUGUUUGAUAACAUCAUAGAAUCACUGGAGCAUUACAAGAAGAGCAGCGGCUUCGGAUGCAUACUUGCACACUCGAUGGGGCUAGGGAAAACAUUGCAAGUGAUUGCCUUCAUCGACGUAUUCCUGAGAUACACUGGUGCUAAAACAGCACUUUGUGUUGUACCGGUGAACACUCUUUUAAACUGGGUUGCUGAAUUUGAAAUGUGGCUUCCAAUGGCAAAAACUAACAAUACUAGUUCAUCUAUGCAAGAUGGCGUUGAAGACGACAAUUCAAAAAGAAGACAAUUCAAAGUUCGACUGCUUUCUGAGAUUCAUAAGACAACGGAAGUCAGAGCGCAAGUAAUAUCGUCAUGGAGAGCGGAGGGAGGUGUUUUGUUGAUGGGAUAUGAAAUGUUCAGGUUACUGACAAAUCAAAAACUGAGACGAAGACGGCGAAAAAAGACGAAGAACCGACCAUUAGGUGACGUAAUUGAAACGAUAGACCUUGAUGAAGAAGAUAGGAUUGCGGAAUUAACUUCAGAAAUUUAUGAAAACCUUGUGAAGCCAGGACCUGACUUGAUAGUCUGCGAUGAAGGCCAUCGUAUUAAGAACAGCCACGCCAGUAUUUCCCAAGCUUUGAAACAAAUCGCCACUAGGAGAAGAAUAGUAUUGACUGGAUACCCACUUCAGAACAAUCUAUUAGAGUACUGGUGCAUGGUGGAUUUUGUUCGUCCAAAUUUUCUCGGGACAAAGCAAGAAUUCUCGAAUAUGUUUGAGCGGCCGAUUUGUAACGGACAAUGUGCAGACAGUAACGAAUCUGACAUCAGGUUAAUGAGAUUCAGGUCGCACGUCCUUCAUUCGUUACUCAAAGGGUUCGUUCAAAGAAGGUCUCAUGUAGUUCUCAAAGAUUCUCUUCCACCGAAAGAAGAAUACGUCUUAAUGAUCCGGUUUUCUCCCUGGCAAAAGAAACUGUACAAUCACUUCAUUAAGAUGCAGAAAGAGAGUGGAUCAGGCAGUUGGUGUAGUUCUCUCAAUCCAAUCAAAGCUUUCUCAAUAUGUUGUAAGAUUUGGAACCACCCUGAUGUCUUGUACCGCACUGUGGUUCGUAAAACGAUCGAAGAACAGCAACAGAACAACGAUAGUUUACUGGACAACGAUCUUGACCUACCUGAUGCAAUUUUAGACGGAGUUUUGUCGAAGAAAAGGCGACAAAAAAAAGAUAUAAGCAACAUUUUGCUGUCGGAUAUUUGUUCCAGGUCGACUCCAACCACCACCGCCACAACAAACUCAUCAACAAAUUCUGCAGAAAACGGUAAACUUGUUCAAUCCGUCGGUUUUAAUCCUUUCGGAUCGGAAGAAAAGGACAAAGGAAUUAACUAUGACUGGGCGAAAGAACUUCUUCAUGACUACGUUCCUGAUCGUCUUGAAUUGUCCGGAAAGAUGUUGAUUUUGAUGCAAAUAAUUCACCACUCGGUGGCCUCAGGAGAUAAAUUACUCGUGUUUAGUCAGUCGCUGACAACAUUGACGCUGAUUGAAGAGUUUUUAAAUGAAAUGAACGUGCCAAACCCCCCCGGGGAUUCUAGGAAAUGGCGAAAAAAUGAAUCCUACUUUCGACUGGACGGCAACACCAACACUGCUGUCCGGGAGAGAAUGAUCCAGAUGUUCAAUGCAAAAGAUAACAAUACCGUUCAUUUGUUUCUGCUUUCAACAAGAGCUGGCUGUCUUGGCAUCAAUCUCAUUGGAGCAAAUCGUGUUGUUGUGUUCGAUAUCUCUUGGAACCCUUGCCAUGAUGCACAGGCAGUCUGCCGGGUUUAUCGGUAUGGACAGAAAAAGAAAUGUCUCAUAUAUAGGUUGAUAUGCGAUCAGUCCAUGGAAAAGAAAAUUUAUGAUCGGCAAAUCUCAAAGCAAGGAAUGUCUGAUCGCGUUGUCGACGAAUUGAAUCCAAUUCAGAGUCUCGAACGACAGGACAUCACGAAACUACUUGUCUACGAUGACGAGGAUCGACCGUUUGUUGAUCUCUCUGAAUGUGAGAAGGAAUGCAGUGAUAUGACCUUAGUGAGUGCUUGCAAGACAUACGGUCAAUGGUUCACAAAGAAGCCGUUUCACCAUGAAUCCCUUCUCAUGGACUGCAAAGGUUCCAGGCUGACCAAAGCAGAGAAAAGAGCUGCUCAGAAAGGGUAUGAGCAAGAAAAAAGAGCUGCCUCAUCAACAAACUACAGUCGGCCUUCCUACGUCAGUUUCUACGCAGCUGCUGGAUAUCCUCGGAAAACUAAAGCCGGAUCAAAAAGUAUUUUUGCCCAGAGCUCUACAACACCAGCUAGUGGCAGACCUGUUGCAAAUGUCCGUCCAAUUCAGUCGACGCCAUAUCCAAUGAGAGUUGGCGGUUCAGCGACCCCUACAGAUUCUCAAAUCAUUGCUCAUCUACAAAGAGCAGGAAUCAAUGUGCGAAAAACUAUCGCCACAACAGAUAUUCCUCUACCUCAAUCAGCUGCAGGUCCAAGCACAAAACCCCUUGUUGCAGCUGGCGAUUCGUUCUAUAUGAUACAAGGCACCAAGGGAAUGUAUAUUGGGACAACUACGGGAAGGAUAUUUGCGCUUAAAUCUCAUAAAGUUGAUGAGGGGAAAUCCCCCUCCCUUGUGAGAACACCUGGAGGGCAGGUGAUAACAUCUAAAGAGCAUGAAUCUCAACUGAUCAAGGCCGCAUUCAACUCUUUGCUUCGUCGAAACACUGGCACAAAUCAACCAAUCAGAUAUCCCUAUUUGCCUCAACAACCAAUCAGACCGCCGUAUCCUCAAAUAGGAAAUUACCAGUCGUUUCCGCAACAAAGUAACUUACUGAGCAUGAUUGCUGGACAAUCAGAUGACUCGGCAUCUUUGAGAAACCCGCAGAAUACGACUCCGCAAAUUUUACCAAAUUUAACACAGAUGCAACAAAAUUCUUCAAUCGAACAAAAUCUUCAACUGACUCCGCAAAAUUCACUAACGAAUCUGCAAAAUUUAGACAUGACUCAGAAGAAUUCAAUGAUGAAUCCGCAAAAUUAUUCAACUAUUAGUCGACAGUCGUCUAUAGACCAACAAGCGUCCAAUCAGAAUCCGCUAAUCUCAUCUAUCCUUACUCAGCAAAAUUUAAUGAUGAAUCAGCUUGUUCCAGGAGCGAAUCAGCUAAAUGCAGCCAUGAGUCAGCGAAAUUUAAAUAUGAUGCAGCAAAAUACUUUUCCGAGUCAGCAGAAUUCUGCGGUCAAUUCGUCAUUAUCCAACUUACUAAACUCGGAAAAUUCUAUGAAUGGUCAGCAAGGUGUUUCAAUUCCUCCACAAGAUGGCAGCAACAUGGGUGCAAUGAACCAUGAGAGUGUUGCUAUGGAUACAGAUUCUAAUUCUAGUUUUCCAACGGUCACACAGCGAAACUCUGCAAUUGAGAUUUCCUCCUUAGCAGAUUCAAACACGACACAUCAAUUCAAUUCGUAUGGAAUGAUGAGUCAUCAAACUGUACUAGGGUUGCCAGAUUCUGUGAAUUCGCAAAACAUGCUGCUUCAAAAUAUGAGUCAGCAAAUUGCGAACAUGACACAUGAAAACAAUUACAUGAGUCAGCAAAAUUAUCCAAGUAUGAGUCAGCAAAAUUUGAAUUUGCCAAACUACGUAACAGAGUCAACGAUUCAACAAAAUAGUACGUUACCCCCUACAUUUUUAAACCUAAUAAGUCAGCUGAAUGGAGCAAAAAGUGAUCAAAUGCAAAAUAUUCACAAGCUAGAUUCCGCUCUUUCUAACCAACAAACAGACUCAACUACUGGAACUGCCAAUCAAACUGAAACAAACGAUACCUAUUCGUCAAUACGAGCUAUGCCCACCGAGUAGAAAACCUGGUAUUCUCGUAGUAUGUGUACCAGUUAAUGUUAGGCCCUAAUUUCAUUCCGAUUUCCUUUAUUUUAGUUCUAUUACGAGUUCGGGGACUGUCUGCGUUAGCCAAGUGAAUAUACCCCCUGCCCAUAGGCUUCCGUCCCUCUACACAACUUCAUGUAGAAUAGGAAAAAAAUUAGCUCCAUAUUGGUACACACACUUAUGGAAAGCCAAAAACCCCGCCCUUUCAAUCGCCCCUGAUUCGUUGUCAACAUGUCAAUCAAUCUUAAUUCAAAUGUUAGUAACACAGGUUGAAUCUGACGCCCACCACCUCGUUCAAAUUGGUUCUCAAACUUUUGAUAUUAUGGAGCCUGUGAAGUAGUUGAAUAUUAUUUACGGAGUUCCACGAUGACACAUUGUUACCUAUAUUAAUCAAUGUCCCGGAGUAGAUUAAAAUUUUGUAUUUAAAAAUAUUCAAUAUUUCAACAAGUAAAAGGAUAGCUUGUAGAACCUCUAGGUUUCUAUUCCAGCUCUGAGGAUUCGUUUGAAGCAAUUGAGAAAAUAUGCCUUGCAUAUCAAUAACUAUUUUGAACUAACUUUUCAGUUGCUACUUUUUAUAUUUUACUUCAUUUAGUAUAAUUGAUUAUUUAUUUAUUGCACUUUUUUCACUUUCAAUUAUUUGUAUAGCUUGUACUAAGGAAUUUGUAUGAAAUAUUUUUUUGUUUUUCAAAGGAAUUGGUCUUGAUGGACUUUUAGUCUAAAAGCUGUAAACUAGUGUUUAAUUUGAUGAUUUUAAAUAUAUCUUGCUAGCCCUCCAAAUCUUUUUUUGUGGGAAGGGGGAAGGACAUUUUUUUUUCAAUAUAA